UUAUGGUGACUAGAAAAUAACUAUUUAUCAAUAUUUGCUUCAAAAUUUCCAAGCAACCAAUACUAUUCAUGGUGACUUCGGUCUUGAAUAUUUGAAAAAAAAAAUUCAGGAAGAAACAACCUCGCAUCGACAAUCAACAAAGUUCGUUAUACGGAAUGUACUCCAAUCCAUAACCUCGUAUUUGAACAACACUCACGGUGACAUUUCCAAUUUUCAUUAAAUGGUAUCGGAGUCCUUGAUACACGCUUAGUUUAGUGAAGAAAUGCCAGUAUGAUGACCGGAGGACAUGGUUCAUCAGUUUGGCUGCUGCUGCUGCUGCUCUUAUUGGACAUCGGGAUUGGUGUCGCUGCUGAAGGAGGCGGAGACACGGUGGUAGAGUCUCUGGUAGACAGGACGGUGUCUCUGCCGUGUCUCGCGGCCCAGAGACCACAUCACGACACGCCUGUGCUGCUGCUCUACUAUCAAGCGGACUCGAACUUCCCUUUCUUCAGUUACGACGCGAGAUCGGGCCAGUUCUGGCGCGGUGGCAGUUCUCGUACGCGUGACCCUCGAUACGAGGGCAGAGUGGCGCUCAACGUCACCUCCCCUCACCGCGUGGCCCUCAGCCUCCAUCGCGUCACCCGCAACGACACUGGAAAAUUCACCUGUCGCGUCGACUUCCUUGGCUCCCCCAGCCUCAAUUCGGCGAUCACCUUAAAAGUCUACGAGAACCCGCUACUGGGGCCAAACAUCACACUGUGGCAGCACCGCGUGGGGCGUGCCACGGAAGACAUCAUCCAGGGGCCCUUCCACGAGGGCGACGUGGUCAACCUAACCUGUACCGUCGUGGGGGGCUUCCCACAACCCACCGUGACGUGGUGGCAGGGCAACACGCUGGUGGACAACAUCAGCCACGUGGAGCCGGGGUGUGAGGCGGUGACGUGUCGCCGGGUGGUGAACCUGCUGACGCUGGGUCCACUCACCCGAGCCCUCGUCAGCGAACCUUUCACCUGCCGCUCAGAGAACAACCCCCUCUCCAAGCCCCGCUACGAUACCGUGCACCUCAAGAUAUACAUGGCGCCCAGUAAGGUGGUGCUGGACCCGCGGCUGACGGUACAGGCAGGGGUGCGUGAGACGCUGCAAUGCAGGGCCGUCGGCUCCUACCCAGAAGCUAAUAUCACGUGGACGCUCAACAGCCUGCCGCUGCCAACCGUCUCCCAGCCUGUGCUGGUGCAGGAGGGCGAGGACACCAUGUCGAGUGUGCAGGUCAUCCCGCGUCCUGAGCACAACGGCGCGCAGUUGACGUGCACGGCGGCGUCACGCACGCUCACUGACGCGCCCGUCUCCAGCACCGUCACUCUCAACGUCACGCACGCUCCUGUUGUGGAACUGAAGCUUGGCUCUAACUUGAGUCCGGACAACAUCCGACAGGGCGGGGAUGUUUACUUCGACUGCCUCACCACAGCGAACCCGCCUGUCCAGAAAAUAACUUGGUUCAAAGAGAAAAAGGAAGUGUGGCAGCGCAGCGAUGCUGGAGUGCUUGUGAAUGGCAACAACUUGGUGCUGCAGCGAGUGCAGCGAGCGCAUGGUGGCAACUACAGCUGCAAGGCUACAAAUGCAGUCGCUACAACAGAGAGCAAUCCUGUCGCACUCAGUGUUAUGUAUGGUCCCGUCUGCACGCAAGAGAGACAGACGGUGACAGCGAUCGAGGGUGAGACGGUCGAGCUUCAGUGCAACGUUGAUGCCAACCCCAACAAUGUGACGUUCUUCUGGCUCUUUAAUAACACUGUGGAUUCAACGCGUUUUCGGGAAAAUGAGUACACGGUGGAAGGCUCGACGUCGCGUCUCAAGUACGUCGCGUACUCAGCGCGUGACUACGGGACCGUCUUUUGCUGGGCGGCCAACGUCGUGGCGUCCCAGCUGGACCCUUGUGCCUUCACCCUGCAGCCUGCCGGCGCGCCUGACAGUGUCGAGGACUGCGUGCUGACGAACCAGUCAGCGGGCUCCCUGCACAUCACCUGCAAGCCCGGCGCUGAUGGAGGGCUAACUCAAACAUUCAGAGCCGAAGUGUUCCUGGCCGGGUCGGGGCGCGCUGUUCGCCAGCGCGACAGCUUCACGCCAGGCUUCACCAUCGAGGGUCUGGCCCCCGGCGAGGACUACACCGUCACCAUCUCCGCCGUCAACAGGAAGGGCACGUCGCCCCCCGUGUCCCUGCAGGCAUACACGCUUAAAGUCGCCGAGAACAGAAUGAUUUCGGGAGUGCCGAGCACCCUAGACUCGGACCCCCACGGGGGCUCAGGCAGCACCGACGGGUACGGAGCAGCAGCGGGUGACGACCGGACGCUGGGUGACCUGGGGGGCAUGAGUCGUCUGGCGGGAGCGGUUGCGGGGGCCGUGGGCGUGUUGCUCGCCAUCGUCAUGACGGCCGUCAUCUUCGUCAGGCAGAAAUGCUACGUCAUCAGGCGACGUGCGCCAGAUUUGGUUACUGGACAAGAACUGGAGUCGUGCUCAGGGUUAGACAACGUAGGUAUCCUGAUGUCAGCGACGAGCAGCAAGAUGGCAGCGUCAGCGAGUGACAGCGGCGGCUCAAGUCCACGGGCACCACACUCCCCGCCUCACUCUGAGAUCACGCUCAGUGGCAGCGACCUGCAGUGCUCUGAAGAAACUGAUCCAUUCAUGAUGGGCGGGUCGGUGCCUAAAGCGACGAUCGUUGUGGCUGCGAGCAAGAGCGCCUGUGGGGGGCUGGUGCCCGGGGGCUGCGGGGGCGGAAGCUCGGGGGUGUUCACCAUCCCCGCGAACAUCCCCCCUCCACCCCAGUACUGUUCCACCCCCUGUUCUGAACUCUCCCCCACACAGCACAGCUUCCAGCACUCCCCUUCCUCAAGUCUGUGUCGCCCUCAUAUUCCUCAGCAACAGCAAAGCCAGUCAAGAUCUUCAGGAACCUCUCAACUGGGAAAACAUUUUCCUCAUCCCAAUUUUCACGUGAACCCUCAUCACCAGCACCAUACCCAGCUCCCUCUAUAUCAUCAGUUCCAUACAUUGCAGAGACCCUCAUCACAUAAACAGAAUUCGCCGCUAUCCCAUCAAGUCGAUUUCAGUGGUGUCCAACUAACGCCGCCGAUGAGCCAACUUCGCUGCUGCUCGCCGCCCAGUAAAGCUCUGUGUCAGUGCCCGUGCACGGAACCCAACGCCUCGUUAAUAAGAUCAACGAGCGGCGGGUCCCCUCAGUGCUGCUCACGCCCCUUGUCCCCUUCGCAACAGCAGCUGCUGCAGCACCAGAACAGACUAGCCUCGUCUACUCCUCCGCCUCGAUUGCAACGUCAGUCCAGUGGAAAUUCCACUCCUCCAAAGCCGGGAUCCAACGUCAACUCCCCCGUGGCAUCGUAUAACCCAUUAGCUUCAUCAACGUUUUCACAAAUGGCUUUGUCUUCUGCCACGUUGCCGAGACAACGUUCCUUCGAUCCCCCGCCAUCGCAGACGACGACUCAACUCCCAUCUUCAUCAAAUACCCUUCAUCGCCAGCGUUCAGUAACGGAAACCCCAGGACACUUGAUGCAUCACGCUGCAUGCCCGACAUCACACAGCAAGACAUCGUCUCCCUCUCAAAGCAGAACGCAUGAGCUUAUGAAUCCAUCAAAUCAACGAUCUCUCUCACCCUCGAACGCUGUUAAUGAACCGUCAGAGCUGAACUACGUGCAGCCUAACCCGUCUCUCCCCUCAACCUACGGUGGUGGUGUCGGGGAUUCACCACUGGCGGCCGCUGUCGGGAAAGUGCAAUGGGAAGGAGCCCCUAGCGGGACAGGUAGUGAUGUCUGA